AUGACCCGCCGGCUGAGCAGCUCCACCCGUUCCCACACCGAGGACUCCAUCUUCUUGAGGCCUGACGAAGACCCCGUCUGGCUGGAUGAGCCCACAAAGUCUGAUAAAAUAGGCGAUGGAGCACCUAAAAAAGACGGGCUCCCAAAAUGCAAAGAUGGACCCGCAGGGGGCCAAAACCCAAAGGAAGAGGAAGUGUUUAUGCACAAGGUGUUUGCGCUGGUGAUUGAGAUCCACUGCUGGGCUGCGCUGUUUGUCGUCUCCCAAGUCACGGGUUACUGGGUGUUUUUUGUGGUGGAAGGAAAUGGACCUUUCUCUUCCAUCUACAAAGCCCUGCAGGUCAUCGACUUCUACCUUGGCUUCAUCUUACCCUUCCACCCGAUUUUUGGAAUGGACUCUAUGGUGUUGAUGAGGGAGAUUGUGAACACCAAACAGGACAACUGGAUUUUCCAUGGAACUGCAGGCAUCGGUGUGGCCAUCUGUGUCAUCAUGGUCAUCCACAUGGCGUGUAAGUGGCGUUACGGCACUGGCUUGUGGUCGUCGAGAACAGUGUUGCAGGACAUUGGUGACCGACGUCAGUCUGUGAGCCGCCAACCCUCCUUCACCCUGUCAGAGUGGACGGAUGCUCAGGAGGAUCUGAUGGACAUGGACCCUGUGCCACAGACGCCCGUCUUUGACGUGGGCACUGACGCGAAGACGGAGGGAGACGCCGCCACCCUCACUGUCACAUCAGUGGGGCUUCAGGAGAGGAGGGGCUCCAACGUUUCGCUGACCUUGGACAUGUGUACACCAGGCUGCACUGAGCCCUAUGGCUACGGAGCCCAGCUCUCCCCCAGAGACCAGACGGCAAAGGAGUACCUCCGACAGGGAACACACAGCCUGACCCCUGCCAUGCUACACACACGGGCCAUGGAUGACCAGAGCCUGCAGGCUGAGUUUUAUGAAACUCCCAUGAACUUUGUGGACCCUAAGGAGUACAACUACCCAGGGCUGGUGAGAAAGAACCGCUACAAAACCAUCUUACCCAAUACACACAGCAGAGUGAUCUUGAAGUCACAGGAUGAAGACGAUUUCCUCACCACUUACAUCAAUGCCAAUUAUCUCAAAGGCUAUGGGGAUGAGGACUGUGCAUACAUUGCCACCCAGGGCCCCACCGUGAACACUGUGGGAGACUUCUGGAGGAUGGUGUGGCAGGAGAGAAGCCCAAUAAUAGUGAUGAUCACCAACCUGGAGGAAAAAAAUGAGAAAUGUGCAGAGUACUGGCCCGAGGACACUGUGACCCAUGAGGGCAUCGAGAUCACCCUUGUCACCGUAACCCAGGAGGAUGACUACAGUCUGAGGGUGUUUACUUUGAAGUGUGGGGGAGAGGAGCGCAGUCUGCGGCAGUACUGGUACACCUCGUGGCCUGAUCAGAAGACUCCAGACAAGGCUCCACCUCUUCUGGAACUGGUGCAGGAAGUGGAAAUGGCCCGAGAGGAAGCCCCGCCCUCCAGUGGCCCUAUAAUUGUCCACUGCAGUGCUGGAAUUGGUCGAACUGGCUGCUUUAUCGCCACCUCCAUCCUGUGCAAGCAGCUGAGGACUGAGGGUGUGGUUGACAUCCUGAGAACCACCUGCCAGCUCCGUCUGGACAGGGGUGGGAUGAUCCAGACGAGCGAGCAGUACCAGUUUGUGCAUCAUGUCCUCAGCCUGUAUGAGAAGCAGCUGUCUCACACUGCUGAGGAGUAG